CUAAAGUAGAGAGACGUACAGUAUAUUGUUUACGGGACCAAACUCUCCAGCACUUCAGAAAUCUACAUGUUCAGGUUAUACGCUUACUCUCCUACCCUUUGACACCACAAACAGAAAGGACAGAGAUAUCAUCCACAAAAACAUCCAGAUAUGGCCACCUCCAGCAGUCUCCUGUCUGAAGAGCAGUUCCUGUGUUCUAUCUGUCUGGAUGUGUUCACUGAGCCAGUCUCUAUUCCAUGUGGACACAACUUCUGCAAGGCCUGUAUCACAAAGUACUGGGAUACCAGUGACCUGUGCCAGUGUCCCAUGUGUAAAAAUACAUUUGAUAAGAGACCAGAUCUGUUCGUCAAUACGUUCAUUUCUGAGAUGGCUGCGCAGUUCAGACAGACAGUUGAAGUGAAAACUACCAGCAGCCCAGACCAAUGCUCUGCCAUGAUAGUAGAAGUGUCCUGUGACAUCUGCACUGGGCUGAAGCUCAAGGCCCUGAAGUCCUGUCUGGUGUGUCAGACCUCUUACUGUGAGACUCAUCUGGAGCCUCAUCAGAGGGUCGCAGCCUUAAAGAGACACAAGCUGAUCAACCCUGUGGAGAACCUGGAAGACAGGAUGUGUACGAAGCAUGAGAGACCUCUAGAGCUGUUCUGUAGGAGUGACCAGACAUGUCUUUGUGUCUUGUGCUUGAAAGCAGACCACAUGACUCAUGACACUGUCCUUCUAGAGGAAGAGUAUGGAGAGAGGAAGGCUCAGUUGGGGAAGACUGAGGCAGAAGUGCAGCAGAUGAUCCAGGAGAGACUGAAGAAGGUUCAGGAGAUCAAACACUCAGUAGAUCUCAGCAAGAGAGAGGCAGAGAGAGAGAGAUCAGACAGUGUACAGGUCUUCACUGCUCUGGUUCGCUCCAUUGAGAGAAGUCAGGCUGAGCUCAUUGAGGUGAUUGAGGAGAAGCUGAAAGCAACAGAGAGGCAGGCUGAAGGGCUCAUUAAAGAGCUGGAGCAGGAAAUCACUGAGCUUCAGAGGAGAAGCACUGAGGUGGAGCAGCUCUCACACACUGAGAACCACCUCCACCUCCUCCUCCUCCAGAGCUUCCCAUUCCUCUGCACCCCUCCACCCACCAAGGACUGGUCUGAGAUCAGUGUUCACAGUGAUCUGUGUGUGGGGCCUGUGAGGAGAGCUGUAUCUCAACUGGAGGAGACACUGAAUAAAGAGAUGGAGAAGCUGCCUGAAGUCAAACUGAAGAGGAUUCAGCAGUAUGCAGUGGAUGUGACUCUGGACCCUGAUACAGCACAUCCCAAACUCAUCCUUUCUGAAGAUGGGAAACAGUCGGAGUUCUCCAGUGCCGCCAUCCUCCACCAGGGGAGGAGAGACCAGGUAGCAGAGUCAUGUCGGGCCCAGAGUGCAUCCAGCCGCAAGCGCCGGGUCCUGACCCCUGGUGACCUCAAACACCUGGUGGUGGAUGAGGAGCAUGAGCUCAUCUACUGCUAUGUCCCCAAGGUGGCCUGUACCAACUGGAAACGUGUCAUGAUGGUCCUCACGGGACGCGGCAAGUACAGUGACCCUAUGGAGAUCCCUUCCAACGAGGCCCACGUCCCGUCCAACCUGAAAUAUCUCAACCAGUACAGCAUCGCUGAGAUCAACCACCGCCUCAAGAGCUACCUCAAGUUCCUGUUUGUCCGGGAGCCUUUCGAGAGGCUCGUCUCCGCUUACCGCAACAAGUUCACCCUCAAGUACAACUCCUCCUUCCACCGCCGCUUCGGCACCAAGAUCGUCCGCCGCUACCGCAAGAACGCCACGCAGGAGGCGCUGCUCAACGGCGCCGACGUCAAGUUCCGGGAGUUCGCCGAGUAUCUUGUCGACCCGGCCACGCAACGCGACGGCCCGCUCAACGAGCACUGGCAGACGGUGUACCAGCUGUGCCACCCCUGUCACAUCCACUAUGACCUGGUGGGCAAGUACGAAACCCUGGAGGAAGACGCCAAGUACGUUCUGCGGCUGGCGGGGGUGGGCGAGUCGGUGCGCUUCCCGACCUACGCCAAGUCCACCCGCACCACAGACAGCAUGACGGCCCAGUUCUUCAGCAACAUCAGCUCUCAGCAGCACAGCCAGCUCUUCCAGCUGUAUAAACUGGACUUCCUCAUGUUCAACUACUCCACGCCAAGCUAUCUGCGACUGGACUAACAACUAGAGGACCAGGACUUGACUAGCCAGUUGGGACUCUGGGCACGAUCCACUUUUAAUAAGAGAAGAAAAAAAUAACUGAGAGAGAGGAGAAUGGAUAUUUUUGCGAAAGCUUUAUUCAAAAACUGUCGUCACUGUUUCUGGGGGUGAAUAGGAAGGGCUGAGGUGAAUGGGAGGGACAGAGAUUGAGGAAAGGUGCUGGAUCCGAUUGGAUGUGAAAGAGUCUUUGUUAUCCAAUCAGCAUUGUCCUGAAGGUAAUAAAGGAGGAAGGGGAGAUCCUAUACCAUCAGAAUGCAGGGUUCAGGCGGAGCUGAUGUCAGAGGAUUUCUAAGAGGGGAAAUAGAAGAGAGAAGCAGGGCUCUUGGAGAGUGGUCAAUGUGUGUUCUGUAUGUAAAUGAGUUGGGACUCUUGACCAAUUAGGCUGCUUUGGAUUUUGCACAGCAAAUGGUGACCUCGCAUGCACGCGCCCUGGCCCCAAAGCAUCAUGGGAGCUGAGCUUAUUUUAUAACGAACAAUAACGAAACUCCGUCAAAUUGUAAAACACAUCCAUGUCCUUCAGUGUGCUGUAUCCUGGGUGUGUUUGAUACGCCCACCAAUUAUACAUUUGAUAAGUAUACUGGCUCUUGGCUCCACCUCAAGCCCUCCUCAUUAUAGCUGGCUAUUGACUUUGCUUUAAAGACCUCUAGAACCAUCAGGUGUAAAUAGUGGAGCUACAAUUUACAGCCAACUGCUCUAAAGUAGUCAAGAUCACUAUCGUCAUAGGUGAAAAGAACUCCUGAGGUUUGCCAGGUGAGGCAUCAGACUCCCACAGCAGGAUCUGAAACGGCGGCCUUUUUAGAAAGAUGCUGAGCACCCUCAAGGCUUUAAGCCACAGGAAGUGGUCAGAAGGAGAAAGGAAGUGCCGUUGUGAAUGGGUUUACCGGAUGUGAUUGACAGGUGUUAGGGGCCUCCCACUGACCCAGAGAGGAACUGAAGAAGAGACGGCUCGUGUGGCUGUGAAAGGGUUUAAGGGACAGGAUCUCAUAACCCCGCCCAUGCCACGCCCUUAAAACAGGGAGGGCCAUAACCCCGCCCACGGGCAAUAAUCCCCCCCUCCGCUUCGACGACCAAUCAUGUAUUUUAGUAAAUUAAGUAUUUUUUUUUAUGUCUUCGUUUUAUUGUCUUAUGAAAACAUUGCUGCGAGCAGCAAUAAAAAAAUAUUAUUUAAACUGCUUUUACUGCCGGGGGUGGG